AUGGAUGUCUGGGCGCUGACCAAAUGGGGUGAGGCCCUUCAGAAGAUUCGUCAGCCCAUCCCCAAACCCAAGGGCACAGACAUCAUCAUCAGGGUGACUCACGCUGGGGUGUGCCACUCGGAUCUUCACACCGCGGAAGGUUUCUAUGACACGGGGAAAGGACAGAAGUUCUAUGUCAAGGAUCGGGGCAUCAAACUGCCUGUUGCGUUGGGACACGAGAUCUUGGGAGAGGUCGCAGCGACUGGCCCCGAUGCAAGCUCUGUCGCGAUAGGAUCUCGACAAAUAGUGUACCCAUGGCUUGGGUGUGGAACGUGUACUCGCUGUCACCAAGAAGAAGACAACUUGUGCUCGGCACAGAAUGGCCUUGGGACAAAACAAAAUGGCGGGUUUGCCGAGUAUGUCGUUGUGCCUCAUCCCAAGUAUCUGGUCGACCUCGGCAAUCUCAAUCCCUCAGUGGCUUGUACAUUUGGUUGCUCAGGCAUCACCACUCUCAGCGCAGUUAGCAAGAUUAUGCCACUACCGCCUGACGAGCCAGUCGUCUUGAUUGGGGCUGGCGGUCUAGGGCUCGCCGCCAUUUCGGUCCUGAAGGCAUUUGGCCACCAAUCUAUUGUGACAGCAGAUAUCAGCGAUGAGAAGCUGGCCACUGCCCGCGCAGCUGGAUCAACUAAGACAGUUAAUACCUCUGGUUCCACCGCCCUUGACGACGUCCUUGCCGCAACCAAAGGACCAGUUCUCGCCGUCAUUGAUUUUGUGAACAGUUCCAGCACUGCCAUCCUGGUUAACGGGCUCGUUUCCAAGGGAGCAAAAUGGGUGCAAGUGGGUGUGAUGGGAGGUUCGAUCGAGUUAUCUCUUGUUGCCAACAUUUUCAAGGGUUUGACUAUCUAUUCGAACAUCACCGGCAACUUAGAGGAAUUCCAACACGUUGUGAAACUGGCAAAGGAGGGCAAUCUCCCCCCGCUUCCCGUUCAAGAAAUGCCCUGGGACUCGGUCAAUGAGGCCAUGGCUUUGCUGAGAGCAGGAAAGGUUUCCGGUCGACUUAUCCUUGUGAAGUAA